AUGCCUCCCACAUUGGACCUCAGCGGCGCCACGCAUUCAAAGAUGAUGGUGGUGCCGCCCAGGCUCAACUUGAGGAGAGCAGCGUCCUACCAAGGCGAAAAGGGUCCUCUGUCUUCCACCUCUUCGCGCUUCAGCUUCAACCACCUUGUCUUCGCCUCACCACCACCUUCACCGAGGUUACCUACUCUAGUCCCUCCGCGACCGAGGAAGACAUCCAAUCCGCCGAGGCCGAGUCGCGUAUUUAAAACGCUGCUGUGCGUAGCAGUGGCCGUGGGUAUGGUUUACCUUUCGAUAACUGCCGUAUGCGGCUCCAGAGUCACCAUCCCGUGGCUGGAGCCCGAAGCAGAGCAGUUUGAAAUGGUCGGCCAGACGGGGUUGCCAGAUUUCCCCACGCCAAUCGUUUUCAACGACAAGCGCGGGAAGCCGAAGUGGACCGUCUAUAUUCCGCUUGAGCAGUCAUUCCCGCUAUCUAUGCAAGGCUACACCGACAUGGUGUCGAUGUGCCGUGGAGUUUCGAUGCGUGUCAAUGAUUUGCACAACCCAGGACGGGCAGCGGAAACUUCGCAUCAUAACCCGUUGCGAGGGGUAUCCGGAGAUGCGCACUUUGUGGACGUCCGCGAGGCAGAGGCGUCUAAGCUACUUCCUGGUACUGCCGUCGGAUAUCAAAAGGCUGAAACGCCUGUCUGCGCGUCUAGUUUGACGUACGUGCUCGAGUCCACCGACGCGGGGAUCGGCAAGUCUCUCAUGAUGAUGUGGACUGCAUAUGGACUCGCACAGCGUCAAGGGCGCGCCUUUUUCGUUGAUGACACCCGGUGGGCCUAUGGCAAAUACGCCGAGAUUUUCAACAAAGCCCCGGAGCCCGGAUGUCGUGCUCCAAGGAGACACGAAAUCUUGCCGUGUCCUUACCAGGCGCGCCAUCUCGUUGUCAACUUCGCCACGGUUGAGGGAUAUGUUUCAGCGUCCCUGGGUGGGGAACCAUCCACGGGCCCUGUUGAGAAGAUGUCCUCGGACCGACAGCGAGAGCGUUUCGAUCUUGCGAGAGCCGGAUACGAAGCACUAUUCCACCUCAACUCACAGGAUACCGAAUAUGUGAAGAAGCGCACGGCCGAGUUGCGCGGCAAGACUCGUGCACUGCCAGGCCAGCGCGAUGGCCUCGUUGUUGGCUUGCAUGUUCGACGCGGAGACAGACACCCUCUCGAGUACCAGUACCGCGACUCGUAUCUCCCUUUCACGGCCUACUCGGAGAUGGCGAAGAAGCUCUUGGCCAGCAAUGAGAAGCAGUCAAUCAAGAUCCUGGCGUCGGACGACCCGAUGGUCUAUGAAAGCGACGACUUCUCCGACACGGUGCGUGCCCAGGAGCUCAUCAAACUGGCGAGCAAAACCGCCAUCCAGAAAGUGAACCCCAACAACAACAACCGAGGAGUCAUGCACAAAUUCGUCGACGACACCUUUGGUUGGGAGGGCGGUUUCUUCGCCGCCAUGUUCUGGAACCUGGGCCUGUCGAGCACCAGCGCGGCGCACUCGUCGCACAAGCAGGCAGUCAUGGCCGCCAAGGGCACCGCAUCUCCGUCGGCCGACACGGCGCGGCUGAGAAGCUACAUGGGCCGCGCCUACAUGAUGGACCUGGCCGUGCUCGCCGACGCCAGCGACGCCGUCGUGUGCACCGUCAGCGCCAUGGGGUGUCGACUCCUGGGCGUCAUGAUGGGGUGGGAGAGGGCGUUUGAGAAUGCCAAGUGGGUUAAUAUUGAUGGUGAUUAUGGUUGGGGCGGUGGCACUUGGUGA